AUGCCCUGCCUCUCCAUCGUCGCCUCGGAGACCGACGAAGACGGCUCCUGGCUGCGCCUCCAAGCGCGUCUGCUCGCCGCAGGCGAGAUCAGCGUCGGCCUCAACGACAUCGUCAUGUCGGGCAUGGAGGCUGUGAAGAGCUACGCGUCCGACGUCGAGGAGGAGACGCCCGCCUGGACGCUGUGGGAGCUCUACGAGAAGAAGAAGCGCGAGGAGCGCGAGCUGCAGGCGGCGCUCACGGGCGUCGAGCUGCAGAGCGGCGACGCCGGCACCAGUGCUGCGCCGCUGGCUGCACUGGCGCCGCAGUCGGCGCUCAAUCGCAUGGUGCCAUUCCCGUUCGGGCCCAACGACGGCGACAUUCUCAACGAGCUGCCUCUGCCGGCCGAGGACGCGGCCAUCGACGCAUGGCGCGACUGGGCCGACAUGACGCUAACGGCGCUGUACCGCCGUAUUCUCGCGCUCGAGCUGCGUCUCUCGCGCCAGGAGCGCGGCUUUUUGACGUACACCAUCGGCGUCAGCAUCACCAUGCUGGACGAUGCCUCGGAGCGCGGCAUGCUUCUCUACACGAUGAUGAAGACGACGCUCCAGAUAGGCGGUCUACUGCUGCGUCGUGCGGACAACACGGCGCCCGACGCAGCGGCGCGUGAGCUCGGCAAGCGUCUCGUGCACACGGCCGAGAUGUACCUGCGCUCCGGCGCCAACAAGAAGCAUGUGCCGCCCGGCAUCAGCGGCAACAGCCAGUCGCGCCGCGGACACGGCAACCAGCGUGCGCGUUGA